AUCCAAGCGUUCUAGUGACUGAGAUUGACAGAGACAACUCGGAGCGUGAUUGACAACACCGUUGUCGUUGAAUUGAAUACGGAAAAUGUCAGAAGAUUUCACAGUUUUAAGAGACUUGCAGUCGCACUUACGAACAGCUCAAGUACCUUUUGAACAACUAUCAACUUUAGCUCAACAGGGAGAUGACUUGCACUGGGCCCUACCUGCUGCGGACCAUCAGUUGGUGGAGAGGUUCCUGACAGAGAAUAUCCGGAUACAAGGAUCCGGUCCGGAGGUUCUCCAGAGUCAGCUCUAUAUAUCUUGCUUUUGGGGAAUGAAAGAAAUUGUCCAGCAACUGUUAAGCAGAGGAGUUGAUAUCAAUUUUCAAAACAAAGGGACCCUGUGGACACCACUUCAUGCUGCAGCAUUUCAGGAACAUGGACCAGUGGUUAUGGUGCUGCUAGAAAACGGAGCCGCACCUGAGAAACCGGAUUCCGAGGGCAGGACACCCAAGGACUUUGCAUCAGCUUCUGACAAGAUCUGGCCACAUUUUGGCGCACUGGGGCUAGAGAGAACACCGAGAUGGGAACUUGUUGAAAAAAGUGUUAUUAAAAAGGUUAAUCAAGGUGUAUUAGGUCAAGACAGUCAUCAAAGAAAAAGUGCUAUACGGAUGUCCUCAGAUAGUCGGCCGGAGUCGGCUUAUGCAUACAACAGUGACCCAUUUAUCCAUGCAGCGGUGACGGGGGAUGUGCUCGCUGACCAGGAUGAGGAAAGGAAUGGAAACACCGCAGACCAACCAAGGUUUUCCAUGUGGCGGUAACAGGAAACACCAAAAUUGUGUCUGUGUUGGGCGGUGCAUUUAAUUAGGAACCACAAGAAACUGUCCAUGUGGUUUAAUUGUCUUAAAACAAAAAUCACCACAAGAUUGUGUGGGGUGGUCCAAGAAAGUCCUAUAUGGUAAAGGACAGGAGCCACCACUGUAAGAGAGGAUUGUGGGAUAUGUUGCGUUUUGUCCAUGCAUUUUUUAACUUAUUAAUUUUGUGAUUGUUGAUUGUUAAUUUAUGAGUGAGGUUGUUAUAAUAUUAUUUAUAUGUACAUGUUGUCUGUUUUUUUUAUGUAAAGAUGAGUACUUACUGUAUUAACUGUGAUAUGGUAUAUAGUUAAAUUGUUGUUUUUUGUUGCACCUCACCUCCCAAAAACACCCCAGCCCAUAUCCCCCAAAAAGAAAUAACAUGUAUUACAUUGUACAUUGUUUUGAGUAUUAACAAAAGUGUUCAUUUUUUUAUCAUCAACUAUAUAGAGUUAAUGAUUACAAGUAUCUUUCAAAACUUUUUUGUUAACUUUAAGACGGUUGGAUGGUUGUGCCAUUUUUAGACUGUAUUAAUCUCCAAGAGAAGAAGAGCUCUGUAUUAAAUAUACUGUAUACAGGGAAAAUAUUCGCCCCCGUUUUAUUUUCAUCUCUUUCGCCCUUGUUUUCAGUGGGCGAAUUUAAGACUUGGCAAAUACCAAUGUCUCAAAUUAUCAAUCUUUAAACACAAAUGUGUCUGGGCGAAUUCAAGAUUGGGCGAAACUGUUUGCAAUUGUUUGCAAGAACGGCGAACAUUUUAACACGGGGCAAAAAUAACCCUGUAUACUGUGUAGGGCAAUACUGUGUAGGGCAAUACUCAAAUUCAAAAUCUGAAAUACAAGUAUCUUGAAGUUUUCCCUACUAGAUAAUAUUGUACACCCAAGCAAUUCAUAUCGGAUAAUUUAAGGAAGACCUGGAUGUUAAUUGGUUCAUCAGCCAGCCUCCUUAAUUGUAUACAAUUUUUUGUGAUAUUGAAAGUAUUAUAUUAUGUUAAGAUAUUUUUGUAGUUAUUAUGAUAAUUGAAACUUAAUUAGAACAAAAAAUUUUAAAUGAAAAUACUGAUACAGUGUGUUUACUGACAUUUUUUAAAUGUCAAAAAAAUUACCAAAAGAAAUCAAAGCUUAGAUAUUUUUUGUUUCCAAACCUGAUGCAUGUUGACAGAUGACUUCUUACAAAACGUUAAAUUUGUAAAGAUAUUAAAUGUCAAUGGAUUGUUUUGUGCAAUUUUGUUUUAUUUUUUGCAAGUUUUCUUUCAAAUUGAUCCAUUUAAAUAAAAAAAAAUGAAUUUUGGGGUGGAAUAUUGUAAUCUACCUCAAUAAUUAACAUCUGGAUGGAAAUUAAUUUAGUACAUUAAUCCAGACAGACUGAUGAAAUGUGUUUCAAGUUUUACAAUUUUGUUAUUUCAUUAAAAGAGUUAUUGAAGAAAUAUCUUUCCGAAUCUUUAAUAAAAGUUAUAGGAAUCUUUAUUCUGCACAUGGAAUCUCGUUAUUAAAAUUGGUGUGCUGAUUAAAGAGAGAAUCACAAGAUCACUUCAAAGUAUUAUUAUAUUUUUUAAUGAUAUUCUUUUAUUUCUUUUUAAUAGAAUGAGUUGUGCAUAAUAAAUACAUGUAAUUAAA